AUGACCAAAGUAGAGGCUCGGCCUUCUGUUGGGGUUAAUAUUACCACAAAUGUCACCAAAAUUCGUGAUGAUCAUCAUAGGGAUUCUUGUUGGGGUCGAUACGUUUAUGUCCAUAAUCUACCAUCAAAAUUCAAUGAGGAGCUUCUCAAGAAUUGUACUUCUCUCACAAAGUGGUUCGAUUUCUGUCCCUACUUAACCAACAUGGGAUUUGGUCCAAGAGUAAAAGAGAAGAAUACUAAAAGAGUUUUAUCAAUACGAGGUUGGUUCAACACAAAUCAGUUCUCCUUAGAAGUGAUUUUCCACAACAAAAUGAAGCAUUACAAGUGCCUGACCAAUGACUCAUCUUCGGCCUCGGCAAUCUUCGUCCCCUUCUAUGCUGGACUUGAUCUCGGACGCUUCCUUUGGGACUUCAACACAACUAUGAGAGAUGCUUUAUCUAAAAGCCUAGUCAAAUGGCUAAGACAAAGGCCAGAGUGGGAGAACAUGUGGGGGAGAGACCAUUUCUUUGUUGGUGGGAGAAUUUCUUGGGACUUUAGGAGACAAAGUGAGGAACAAUCUCACUGGGGUUCUAAGCUCAUGUCCUUACCAGAAUCAAAGAACAUGACGCUGUUAACGAUUGAAUCUAGCUUUUCUAACAACGAUGUUGCAAUACCAUACCCCACUUACUUCCAUCCUUCAAAGGACAAUCAAGUGUUUGAUUGGCAGAAAAGAAUGAGAGCCACAACAAGGCCUUACUUGUUCUCUUUUGUUGGUGCUCCAAGGCCGAAUAUGGACGACUCGAUUCGGGGUGAGAUCAUCAAGCAAUGCCAGUCUUCUGGAAAACUAUGCAAGUUUCUAAGCUGUUAUAAUAAGGCUCCAACUGGUACUAAUUUGUGUGAUAUGCCUUUGAAUGUGAUGAAAGUGUUUGAAAGUUCAGUUUUCUGCUUGCAGCCCUCAGGAGAUUCUUACACAAGAAGAUCGACUUUUGAUUCGAUCCUGGCAGGCUGUAUUCCUGUUUUCUUCAACCCGAAUUCGGCUUAUAAGCAGUACUUGUGGCAUUUUCCCGGGAACCAAACAAGAUAUUCUGUGUUGAUACCAGAGAGUGAUGUGAAGCAGAGAAGAGUUAACAUAGCUGGAACAUUGCAGAGAGUUCCACAAAGUGAAGUGUUGGCAAUGAGAGAGGAAGUUAUAAAGUUGAUACCAAGAAUUAUAUAUGCAAAUCCCAAGUCAAGUUUGGAGAGAUUUGAAGAUGCAUUUGAUAUUGCUGUGAAGGGUGUUCUUGAAAGAGUGGAGAAAGUAAGGAAGAAAAUGGAAGAAGGCAAGGAUUCUAGUAUUGGUUUUGCAGAGUUAGCUAUUUAA